AUGGCACUGCCUCUUCCUGGCUCCCCCUCGUCGUCAUGGGCCUUGUUCGCUGAACGUCUAAAGCACACCUUCAGUGGUGCCUCUCCACGGGUCUGCAUUGCUUUCUGGCUCUUUGGGUUGAUCAAUAACGUCCUCUAUGUGAUCAUUCUCUCCGCUGCGCUCGACCUUGUCGGCCCUGAUGUGCCUAAAGGAGUCGUACUCCUCGCCGACGUCAUUCCCUCUUUCGGGGUCAAGCUAUGCGCACCCUACUUCAUCCAUGUCGUCCCCUACUCGGUGCGAAUUUUGGUCUUCGUGGCCUUGAGUGCCACGGGAAUGCUCCUGAUUGCGCUCACGCCUGGCUACACGGAUGGUGGAACAAUCACAAUGAAGCUGGCUGGAGUAAUUUUGGCGUCGUUGAGCAGUGGUGGAGGUGAAUUGAGCUUUCUGGGUCUGGUUCACUAUUAUGGUCCAUUCAGUCUCGCGGCAUGGGGGAGUGGCACAGGUGGAGCAGGAUUGAUAGGAGCUGGCGCAUAUGCGUUAGCUACCACGACGCUUGGCUUCAGUGUCAACACCACCUUGCUGGCUUCUGCCUGCUUGCCAGCGGUGAUGCUGUUGUCUUUCUUUCUGGUUCUUCCUUUGGAGCCCCUUCGGUCGCACGCUAGGACCCACGACGGUUAUGAUUCUCUCGUCAGAGAUGAUGACAAUGAGCAAAGGGAGGGGCUGCUUUCCUCCCCAGGUAGCCCGAAACCGGCCUUUGCUGGAAAGCCUCAGACGUCUGGCUUGUCAUUGUUUAGACGCAACUUGGCUCGAGCUAGGGGAUUGUUCCUCCCAUACAUGCUCCCUUUGCUCCUGGUCUACAUCGCCGAGUACACCAUCAACCAGGGCGUCUCGCCAACUCUUCUCUUUCCCCUUACGCAAAGCCCGUUCAAGCAUUUCCGGGCUUUCUAUCCGACCUAUAAUGCAAUCUACCAAGCGGGCGUCUUCAUUUCAAGGUCGUCGACGCCAUUCCUGCGCAUUCCCAAUCUAUACCUGCCGUCGUUCUUGCAGGUGGUCAACCUGAUUGUGCUGACGCUCCAUGCGCUAUUCAACUUCAUUCCGAGUGUAUACAUCGUCUUUGCCAUCAUCUUUUGGGAAGGGUUGCUGGGUGGUCUGGUCUAUGUAAACACUUUUGCAGAGAUCAGCGACAAGGUUCCAAGGGAAGACCGAGAGUUUUCGCUAUCUGCGACCACCGUCAGUGACUCUGGCGGGAUUUGUAUCGCAGGCUUUCUCGGCAUGGCGUUCGAGGUCUGGUUGUGCAAUUGGCAAGUUCGCCAUGGGAGGGACUAUUGCAAGAAAUUGUGA